AUGGCACCAAGAAUUAAACAGGAGCCCGGGGGCGGCUAUCGGGGUGACCGGAAAACUCCUGCUUUGGCGAGCGAGGCGCCUUCAGAGAGCUUCACCGAGCAUGAUCGCCUCGCACGUCGAGUUCGAUCUGCAGCCCCGAGCGUUGUCACCCGCCCGGAGCCUGUCGUCAGUCAGGAAUCACAGGAAGCUGGAGAUGAUGACGUGGUCUAUAUGGAGAUCAGAAAUCUCAAAGCUGAACAAGUUCCUGAACCCACAGCCUCUCAGAGUGUGCAGGGCUCCUUCCUCGGGGCUAACCGAGCUUUGCAAGGCUUCGGCCGCAAGCUCAAGGACAUCAACGACGCUUUGGGCGAGCUUCAGGCGCGCGGUAUCCAGCACGUCGCGAGCUUGCCGGAGCUGGUUUUGGUCGGCGAUCAGUCGUCUGGAAAGUCCAGUUUGAUGUCUGCCAUCGCAGGUUUGAGCUUGCCCCGAAGCAGCGGAACGUGCACUCGCUGCCCCAUUCACAUUAGAGUGUCACGGGCUGACGAGUGGUCUUGCCGAGUAUAUUUGAAGCAAGAUUACGAGUUCCAGCCGCCUAACCGUGCUCUCGCCGAGUCCGACGUCACGUCGAGUAAUAAGUUCCCGCCAUGGGUUCUCCUCGAUCCUAGUCGGCGCGUGCGACUCGAGUUUAAGACCGUCCGAGAUCAAUUCGACUCUGAGGAGAUCGAGACAGUUUUACGCUGCGCGCAAGUUGCAAUUCUCAACCCCGGGACGCCAUACCAGGUUUUCGUCCCCAAACUUAAGGGCGAGGCCCCGGAAGGCACGAGACAGCAGCACUUUGCACGAGUACGGGAGAAGGAAGACAGGGCAGAAGCACAGUUUUCGCCAAACACCGUUGCCCUGGAGGUCAAGGGCCCAGACUUGGCAGAUCUGAAUUUCUACGAUCUUCCUGGUGUCUUCAUGACGGCGAGGCGAAUCGAAGACAGUUUCUUGGAGCGAGUUGUCCAGAACCUGACAUACGAGUACAUUUCACGGCCGAGCGCAAUCAUUCUCUGUGCUGUUCCAAUGAAUCAGGACAGCGAGAACUCGCUGGCCCUAAAGAUGGUCCGGGACCUCCGUGCCCAGAGUCGGUGCAUUGGGGUAAUGACCAAGGCAGACCUUCUGCCAAGAGAAGACGACCACGGAGGAUCACGCUGGCUCGCCAUGCUCAACGGUCAUGCCCACCAGACUGGCUACGGUUACUUCAUCACGUCUCGCCAAGGGACUGACCUGGAGGAGCAAAAUAAGAUGGAAGAGGCCUUCUUCAACCGCACGGCUGAGACGACUGGUCAAUGGCCGGACGUCUUCGAGCGGUUCAAGGAGAGGUGCGGGGUUGAAAAGCUCAAAGCCUUUCUGUCGCUGAAGCUCGGCGAGCAGUUUGCUAAGGUCCUGCCUGAAGUCAAGGAGAAGGUGGAUUGGCGCAUUCGGGAUAUCGAUGAGCAGCUCAAAAAAUAUCCCGACCCGCCGCCCAAUCCAGAGCUGGAAAUCAUGAAGAGCUUGACCAUGUUUACACUGAAGGUCAAGGAUAGGGUCAAUGGUCCGGACUUCAUAAAUAGCUGGGGCGACAGGUAUGGACAGCCGUUCAAGAGGACCAUCGUCGGCCUCAAACCGAAGAUCAAUGUCCGGGAGCACGCGCUAUCGGAUGCGACAAGACCUUCAGGCCCUGUGGUCAUAGACCUUGAGAGCGACUCAACACCUUCGCCAACCAUGCGGAAACGUCCGGCUCCAACGCAAGAAGUAGGGCAGGCAACCCCCAAACGCCCACGCGGAUUGCAAACUAACGGCACAAAUGGCGUCGUCAAGACAGAGCCUGUUGAUCACGCCGUGUUCGCGUCUACACCAUCUCAUCUGAGGAAUGCUACUCCUGCAGGUUCCCCUUCGCGUGGCUCCCGAUCCAAGAGCCUCAUGGAUAUUCGGAACCUGGUUAGGAGAUCCGUUAUUCCAGGUCACCGCCAGCUGGUGUCUACCAGUGUCCACGAGCCCCUCUUCAAGGAGGCUGUGAGAACAUGGGCACCCUAUAUCGAUCGCCUCAUCAACCAGACAUUUGCCUUCCUAGAGGCAGAAAUCGUGGACAUCUUGAACCAGGCGUUUUGGCAUCUCGCGAACCGGGCUGUUUACAAACAGUCCCUCGAGCACAUGCGGAGCUUCGUGGAAACGCGCAAAAAGGAGCUCCGCGACCAGAUCUUCCUGCUCUACAACCUCGAGACCCAGCGGAUUUGCACGGCGAACGAUGACUACCUCGAGGGUUACUCCGCCGCCGAGCUGAAAAUCCUGGUCCGCCACCGAAACCACUUCCGGAUCGCUGCACACAACGGCGAAAAGUUGGAGGCCGUCCCUAAGAUGGAGGACCUCACCCCGGAGGAACUGGCGCAGGAGACGGCCAGGAUGUCCAAAGAACUGAAGAACCUCGGUCCGGAUCCGUUUGAGUCCGAACUCAAGGUCGCCGCAUACCUUAGGGGCUAUUAUCUGACGGCGGCUGCCCGCUUCACUGACAAUGUCUACAUUCACGUCAUCUCCGGCCUCUUGCCACACGUCGCCUCAGUCAUCGACAGCUAUCUUCACGAGAAGCUUGGUCUGACAGGUCCAGUUGCCACCCACCAAGUCCUCCGAGACCUCAUGUCCGAAGGCCCCGAAAUCGAACAAAAACGCCGCGACCUGCGCGCCGAAAAAGAAACUCUCGACGGCGCCAUGAAGAUCAUCGAGGACCUCGAGCAGCGCGAGCGCGAGCAGCAGGCCGCCCUGUCGCAGGCCGCCGCCAGCAACAGCCAACACUACCCGGGUGACCUCUCGUCGGCCUCGACCGUCAACCACCACGCGAGUGGCGUGCACGACGUCGAUGGCGUCGGCUCUCCCUCCGUCGACCGGCGGACUGCCUACUCCGCCACGCAAUACGGCGAUGCCUGA